CUGGAAGUCUUGUGAUCUGUCGAGCAAAAUUAUACAGUACAAGGAACUAUAAUGGAUUACAUGACUGGAAAUCCUGUUCCUCAGCCUGCUUAUCAUUGGCCGAUGGAGGAAGUUAAAGAGUCUACCCUCUUGAUUCGGCAUCUUCCAGAAGCAAUUCCUCAUGAAACCCUUUCAAGAUUGCUUUCCAAUUAUGGGGCAACUUCUAUCCGUCCUUGUACUAGUGGCAGAAUGAGGAAUUGUGCUUUCGUGGAUUUCAAGGAUGAAGGUCUGGCACACCAAGCACAGCAACAUUUGAAUGGGGUACGGUUUCUUGGUAAAAUCCUAGCGGUGGAACGAGCGACUAGAAGCACAGAUAGACAAAGGGAACAUCGGAUUGGAGAUGGCUCUGUCUCUUUGAUAAAAGAUGCUGCUGCUGCUAAAGAAUUUGGUGGAGUAUCUAGGGAAGGUCCUUAUCCUGGCAGCGAACCCAUUGCUAAUAGACUUGGGGUAGAUUAUCCAUUUCCUCCUCACCUCGAAUAUGUUUACCCUCCACCUGAUGGACAUAUACUUACAAAUAUUGUAAAUGCUCUUAUUGCUGUUCCUCGGUUCUACACUCAGGUCUUGCACUUGAUGAACAAGAUGAAUAUUCCAGCACCAUUUCGUAUGGCUUUGCCAACUCCACCUCUACCAACCUCUCUGUCUGUUCCUCCGCCACCCCCUCCUCCACCUCCUCCAACAGUCUCUAAGAGUAGAAUGGAAGAUCUAUCAAGCAGUGAAUCAGAAAUGGAGUCUUCAGAUGAGGAAGCUACAAAUGUUGGUGGGCCUAAAAAGAAGCGUAUUAGACAUGAAGCUAUCUUGGGCCCUGCAGUUGACAAGGAUGUUGCCCAUGAGGCUGUUGGAUUAAGAGCUGCUGCCUUGGUUCCUAAAGAGAUGCCAGUAGUUAAGAAGAAGAACCCAAUAAUUCAGAUUAAAGUAGCAUCUAAACAGGUACAGAAUGAAGAGAAGGGUGAUGCAAGUGCACUGUCAUUGACAGUGGAAGAAAAAGAGAAUGAUCAUAAACCUUUUACGACCCUUGAAGAAUUAAAAAGUGGAAGAUUGCCCCCAGAAGAGAUACUGUCGCUUCCUAUGUUUAAGAAUUAUUGUGCUGGAAAUCCUUCUCAGAUCUUAUACUUGAAGAACUUAGCAAAAGAAGUGAUUGUUGAUGAUAUUUACUUCAUAUUUGGAUCCUUAUUUGUAAGCAUUGAUGAAGCUAAAUCCAGUCUUGCAGUGAAGUUAAUGCAGGAAGGGAGAAUGCGCGGACAAGCUUUUGUUACAUUUCCCUCCGCUGAACUUGCUCAAAAUGCCCUGAAUCUGGUGAACGGGUAUGUGUUUAAAGGCAAGCCUAUUGUCAUUCAGUUUGGUCGUGAUCCUGCUAAAGCAAAAACAAGCUAGAGAGGAUUCUUUCAACAAGGGUAGUUUAAGCCCUCUGCUCAACAUUCUAAGUCAGUACAGUGAGCCCCUAUUUUGGGCGAUGAUGUUGGUAAAGAUCAUUUGAGUUAUGAGAUUGAUGGUGCCCAGGUAAUAUUAGAGGAGUCAAGCCAACAAAGA